AGAGAACCGAAAGAUGAGAAGUUCAUUAGAGACGAGAUCCACAAGAGUUGCAGCGAGCUGCACAAUAGGCUGCUUUUGGCCAAGCAUAACCACUUGCAAGAAGAUAAUCAUAUACUAUCGAAUGGUUUAUCAUCAUGCGAUUCACGUGCCCUAGAGCACGAACGAGCAAUAAUAUCAUCAAAAGGUGCAUUAAUCGAUCAAACUCCGUCUUCUCCGGCUGCGGACGGGAAUCCAACCACCGCAGAAAAACAGUUUUCCGGCAACAGCGGCCGAAGUUCACCGGAAACUCAAAAUUUGGUUGAAACUAAGACUAAUGACGAACGAAAUCCCGAGAGAAAAACUAGGGUUUCUGUUAGAGCAAGAUCAGAAAAUCCUACGAUUAGCGAUGGUUGUCAAUGGAGAAAAUACGGACAGAAAAUGGCGAAGGGGAAUCCAUGUCCCCGGGCUUACUACCGUUGCACCAUGGCAACUGGAUGUCCCGUUCGCAAACAGGUCCAACGAUGUGCGGAUGAUACAAGUGUCUUGAUCACUACCUACGAAGGAAACCACAACCACCCUCUCCCUCCAUCCGCCACCGCCAUGGCCGCCACCACCUCCUCCGCCGCCUCCAUGCUCUUUUCCGGCUCCACCUCCUCCGAUGGAGCCAUGCAAUCAUCCACCGCCGCUGACAUCUUCCACUCCAGUAUCCUUGCUUACGCCUCCACGGUGGCUACUCUCUCCGCUUCCGCGCCUUUCCCCACCAUAACCCUUAACCUCACCACCCCACCGGAAUAUUCCUCCUCUGCUGCCGCCUCCGCUCAUUUCCCGCCACAUCGGCGGCGGAUUCUUGGUCAGUACGGUCCGACGGCUGUGCCUUUACCCAACGUUACCGACCAUGUUAUGAUGAGGUCUCCUUUCUUGUCGGGUCAAAGUCAAACAUGCAUGGUCGAGACGGUGAGAGCGGCCAUCGCGGCGGACCCGAACUUCACGGUGGCUCUUGCGGCGGCGAUUUCCAACAUCAUCGGAGGUUCAGGUAAUAAUAAUAAUAAUAAUAAUAAUAAUAAUAAUAAUAAUAAU